AUGGACCCGGAUCAGGACGAGCUGGCCGGCGGUUCUAACAUGCCAUCCGCCGUAAGCCGCAAAGGGCGAGGCUUGUUCCAGAGUCUCAAGGGCACCUUAAAUGGUGGGAUUCGCGCGUCCGAUGGAAGUGACGCCGACGACACCCGCAGCUUCGGCAUGGAGAGCGACUACUACGGGGACGCAACGAUAACAUCGACCCCCGGUGGCAUGCCGCCCCCUCCGCGACCGAGUCAGUCUACCCAUGGCACCAACCAGAGGCGACAUCCACCUUUGGGCAGCUCUCCGGAGCCAUCACCUCUUCCACAGUACCGAGGCACCAAGCUCAUGCCAAACAAUCCGCCAGUGCGAAGUUACGGCUUGCCGGACGACGAUCAAUUUAGCGAGGAGAGUGGUGGCGAGCAAGACCCUUCCGCCAAGCCCAUCAAGCUCCGACACGCAGGGUCGAGGCGUCAAAAUUUCGUCUUGGAGAUACCCGGGUCUCGCAGUGGACUUCCUGACCCCCGUCAGGCACGAACCGUGGAUGAGGAUUUCGAGGAAACGAAACGUCAACUCAGCAACGCUACACGGGCAACAGUGCCUUCGGGCUUCUUCUCGAACAAACCCUUUCUGCCACCUCAAGGGGCAAGCGGACGGCAGCUGCCGAAGCAGUCGGGGCGCCGGGUUCAGCAGAAGCAACAACAAUAUGAGGACAUGAAGGGAUCAGCGCAGCGACGAUGGCAAAUGCCAUGGAACAAGCCGUCUAAUCGACUUGAUUUCUCUGACGAGCGCAACAGAUCAGCUAUUAACUGGUGGCAGCUUCUCAAUCCCUGGACCCAUAUUAAAGCCGGCGCCUGGGUGCUUCUCACCGUGUUCCAACGCCUAGUUGCCGCGGUACAAGGCCUGAUCAGCGGACGCCGAACUCGCUAUCGCGAUUCGCGAUCUCGUUCUCCGCUAUGGCGGCCUCUCGCCAGCUUAUGGCAACUUCUUCUUAGCCUGUGGCAACUUAUCGUCAGCAUGUGGCAAUUCGUCGUCGACACGCUGCAGCCUCUCUUUGACGCGGUGUACUCUCUUCUUCCGGAGGGAAUGCAAGACCGCUUGUCAGACUACGCCGACUGGCUGCCAUACGUCUUUGGUGCCAUCUUUGUUGUGGUCCUUGGCGUAGCUCUUUCUAGCGUUCGCUUGCAGACCUGGAGGAGCGGUAGCUACGACGACAUGUGGGAGCCGGUCGACGGCGGCUCUCGCUGGUCGCUUCCUCAGAUUCCGUCCAUAUCCCGCCCGUCACUGUCGCUCCCAUCCAUGUCCCUUCCGUCCAUUUCGCUUCCUUCUAUGCGACGGUCGCGGUCCUCACGUCAGUGGGAAGACAUUUUCAAAAACGGUGAUCUAAACGAUUUGACACCUCAAAAGGUGGACAAGAUAUUCAAGAAGAUGGGUCGGACCAUUGACGCACUUGGCUCGGCGGACAAGCUUCAUGACGACGCCAUCAAGAGGCUCGAGACAAUCGUUCCAAAGGUGGUGCACAUGGAACUGCAGGACGGUCGGCCAGUUGUCUCGCCGGACUUCUAUCACGCCCUCAGAGGCCUAAUGCGCGAGGACGAAUCAAUAUUUACGUUUGACAUCAAGCGAAACGAGUUUGAUGCAACGUCGGAGCGGCUGUGGAAAGCAAUCGUGGCCCGCUUGGGCAGCGACCCUAAAGUUACAUCCAAAAUCGACCGCACUGCCAUCAACUCGGCAAAAAGCUCUUCAGCUGGGUCGUCUUCGGACUCUUGGAACGACUGGCUCAAGGAAAAUCAGGCCAAGGUGCAAAAAAUUAUUGGGUCCGAUGGUAAAGACAAGAGCAAGUCGGCGGAGACCGGUGAUCGCCCCUCCAGUUCCGCCGGCAAGGUCGUGGAGAAAGACGAGUACAUGAAGCACUUGAAGAACGAGGUGGCUACCAUGCGGACCGAGAUGCGGGCAGAGGUCGCGGAGUUGAAGCCCAAGAUGGAGAAGCUGGUCCGCGAAACCAUCGACCUCGCCGCGCAACAUCACUCAAGCGCCAUGACCCGCGCGGAAAUCACCACUCUCGUCAACGGCCUUGUGCGCCGUGGUCUGUCGGAAAUCAACCUCCAGGCCCUCGCCAACGGCAAGAUCCACGCUCACUGGGACGCCAGCCUCAAGCACCAGGUCAACUACUUCUCCAUCGGUGCCGGCGCCGUCGCCGACCCCCAACACUCCUCUCCGGUAUACGACCCCUUCUCCAGCCAGUACUUCUCUCUCGAGGACCAAAAAGGCGCCAGCGUGCACAAGCCCCUGGAACCCAUCGCGGCUCUCCUGCCGUGGAAGGACAUGGGCGACUGCUUCUGUGGCGCCCGCGCGCAGUCCCGCCACGGCGACCCGCACAGCGCUUCGCUCGGCGUGCUGCUCGGCUACUGCGUCAUCCCGCAGCACAUCGUCGUCGAGCACAUCCUCCCCGGCGCGACUCCCGACCCCGGCACCCGCCCCCGCGACAUCGAAGUCUACGCCGAGUUCAGGGACGCCGGGGUGCACGCCCGCGUGCGCGACUUCUCCGCCACGCACUACCCCGACCCGCCCGCCUACAAGGGCCUCGACUGGGACUACACGCCCGCCGAGCUGCCCGAUCGGUUCGUCAAGAUUGCGCAGUUUGCGUACGAGGGCGCCGAGGUGCACGACGGGGUGCACGUCCAGCGCCUCAGCACGGAGCUGCUCACGAUCGGCGCGGCGACGGACCACGUCGUCGUUCGCGCGGUGAGCAACUACGGCGCGCGGAACCAGACGUGCUUUUACAGGGUGCGUCUCUACGGCGAGAAUAUUGAGCUCGCCAAGAGGGACGCUGAGAAGGAGAGGAAGAAGAAUCGCGGUGGGCUAGAUGGCACCGGGUGGCUGAAGCGUGCCCUUGGCAAGCGUCAAGCCGCCGAGCCCGUUAUAGGCAGCAGGGGGCUGUAG